GUCGGUAUAUAAAACGAUACUGAUCAGUAACAUUUAUAAUCAUUCUCUAUUCACGAUUUAAAACGUUCAGUUCGUUAAGUGAAUUAAAAUAAUUAGAGAAAACGGUCAAAUCCUAUCAGGAUAUUUAGUAAUCACAAAUUUAUUAAGAAUCCUUCCCAUUAUGUUUACGUGGCAGUUAUGGUGUACUUUAUUGUGUGUUUUGUGGUUGUAUUUUCUGUGGACACGUCGCCGAUUCUAUAGCUUAAUAUUUACAAUACCUGGACCAAUUGGUUAUCCUUUAAUUGGAAUAGCGCAUAAGGUGUGCCGUAGGGAAGAUCUGCUGAAGAAUUUGAAAUACUUUUUGGAUAGAUAUGGAUCAUUUCUGGUAUCUUGGCUGGGUCCUAUACCAUUUUUUGUUACCACUGAUCCAGAACUCAUACAGGAUAUUCUUAACUCACCGCAUUGCCUUGACAAAGCUAACAUCUACAGGAUUGUCCACGAUGUCGGUGGCCUGGGAUUAUUCACUGCGAAAGAGCCUCAGUGGAGUGUGCUUCGGAAGAUGCUGAAUCCCGCGUUUGGAUUAAAUGCUCUGACUAGCCUGGUGCCUACUUUCAACGCCGAGGCGAAUUCCUUGCUCAAGAUGGUAGAACCAUUGGUGGAUUCUGGUGAACAGGACUUGUUACCAUUGCUGCAAAAUUUUUCCUUGAACGUGGCAACUCAAACAACAAUGGGAUGUGGUGUGAACGAAAAUGGGAAUAUUGAAAGCCACCAACUACUAAAUAUUACCCACAAUCUUCAGAAAACCAUGACAGAAAUGUUUUUUUCGCCCUGGCUGAUUAGUAGAACAAUACGCCAACUAUUUGGCUGGGAGGAUCAAUACGUUAAAGCCAAAUCGGAGAUGAGAGGAUUCCUUAGCAAGUUAGUUGAACCAACAUUAUCAAAGGAUUCUGAACAACUGAAAGAUAAGAAUAAUUUUCUGAAUCUAGUAACUGAUUUGAAGAAUCGUGGAAUUUUUACCACACAGAAUGUGGAAGAUCAUUCUGCUCAUAUUGUAUUUGCCGCAUUUGAAACCACUGCUAAUACGGUAGCCUAUACACUUAUGUUGCUCGCCAUGUUUCCCGAGUAUCAAGAGGAGGCCUUUGAAGAGCUUUGUUCAUUGUUUCCCAAGUCGGGAGAUUUUGACGUUAGCUACAGUGAUGUUAAGAAUCUGGUUUAUUUGGAUUUAAUUCUUAAUGAAUCAAUGCGACUUCUGACACCAGUUCCAAUAGUUGCACGACAGACCAUGCGCGACGUGCGUCUUUCGAAUGGAAUUUUUAUUCCAAAAGGAGUUCAGAUUGCAAUCGACAUCUUUCACUUGCAUCGGGAUAAGAAAAUAUGGGGAGAAAAUGCGGAAACAUUUGAUCCCGAACAUUUCCUGCCCCAAUUCGCAAUUGCAUAGGCUGGAGACAUGCUUUAAUAUCGAUCAAAAUUAUAUUGGCGAAAUUGUUGAGAACAUAUAAAUUCUCAACCAGCUUUAAAUUUGAAGAUCUUGAUUUUGUCGAGGAUAUUACUUUGAAAUUUAAGAUCGUACCUUUGCUGGAUAUUCAAAGAAGAGAUUGUUAGUGUAACGCUUCAUCGCUUAAGGGUAUGGACAUGUUUCUUUGU